UGGCUCUAGGAAUUGUGGGACUUGUAGUUCCACCACAUAGCGGCUGUGCUAGCUUCACUCGCUCGGCGGUGUGCUCGCCAUGUGGAUACUGAAGUAAACAGCUACAACCUGAAGCUACUCGUGUUCUGUCAUCAUGUCAUUUUGUUUUAACUUCGACGUCCCGACACAAAGUGUGAACUCGGACGAAGCGCGUGGACCCGAAUCGCAAAACAGCAAGAAAGUCAAUGCUGCUCCAACUAACCAGGACAAUACCAAACCAGCAGAGCCAGUAAAAGAGGCCAAAGAGCACCUUCUACCAGCUGACCCUCAGUUCCUCCUUGUGGACGCUGUCCCUGAAACAGUCACUAUCGGAAGUCUUCCUCCCCUCCACUUCCUCAACGAGACAGUUUUCGAGAAGACGGCCUCGGAACGAAAGGAUGAUGAGAAUAUCCUCUCUCAUACUUCAGAGCAGAUGUCUGAUCUCAUCUCCGGUGUGUACGAGGGAGGGCUGAAGGUGUGGGAGUGCACUUAUGACCUUCUGGAGCUCAUGGAGAGAGACGGAGAGACAUUUGGGGAGAAGGCAGUUUUAGAUCUGGGCUGUGGUGCGGGGCUGUUGGGGAUACUAGCUCUGAAGAGAGGAGCCAGUCACAUCCACUUUCAGGAUUAUAACAGCACAGUUAUUGAACAGCUGACAGUACCUAAUGUAAUACUAAACUGCCAGGAGGAUGAUGACAUAGAGAGUGAAGAUGACAAAGAAGGGAGGGGCGACGGAAAGUUACAAGAGGAAGAAAGUUGUCGAAAGACAUUGAAAGAGAAAGAAGCGUUGAAAGAUGGCAGCACGCCUCCAAAGAAACAAGCCAUAGACUUAUCCCAGCACCCGCUUUUAUCGAAGUGUCGUUUUUUCUCUGGUGACUGGAGUACGUUUCUUGAUUUGGUUCUAAAGGCGAGCUCACAACCCAAAUAUGAUAUUAUAUUCACCUCAGAGACAAUCUACAACACCGCUUACUACCCCAGCCUCCACGAGACCCUCCACAAACUGCUGGCACCAGAUGGACUCGUCUACCUCGCCACCAAAUCCCACUACUUUGGUGUAGGCGGCGGACUCCACCUGUUUGAGACAUUUGUGGAGCAGAGGGGGACUUUCUCUGUGGAUCACCUGUGGGAGGGGGAGGAAGGACUCCAGAGACACGUAGUAGUCCUACGUUUUAAAAAAAGAAACGCUACUUGAAUAAGGUGUUUGAGAACCUUAUGGGUUCUGUUCACCCAUUAAAACCAAAGCAUUGUUUGAAAUCCACCACCUAAAAUCGGAGGAGCUGACAGGAAUGCAAAUGUCUACGAAAACCUAUUUCCCAGGCUUUGAAGCAGAUAGAGACAUGAAGUAAAAAACAUUUGACAGCUUAAACAUUUGGCUUUCAUUGCAAACCAUUGUCCUUUCCCUAAACUUUGUGAACAUGUUUUGAAAAACCAAUAAAGUAGGCAAACUCGC